CGGCUUUCGGGAAUCUUCGACAUUCUAUUGCUUUUCAAGAUGUCAGCACUCACGGUUAGCGGCGAAAGAACGUCCGGUGAUAACAUCAGGACACAAAAUGUUAUGGCUGCAUUGUCCAUAUCAAAUAUUGUGAAAAGUUCAUUAGGACCUGUGGGGCUUGACAAAAUGCUUGUGGAUGAUGUUGGGGAUGUGACUGUGACCAAUGAUGGUGCUACUAUUUUGAAGUUGUUAGAAGUCGAACAUCCAGCUGCCAAAAUAUUAUGCGAGUUGGCGGAUUUGCAGGAUCAGGAAGUUGGUGAUGGAACUACCUCAGUUGUCAUUAUAGCAGCGGAGUUAUUAAAGAAUGCAGACGAGUUAGUUAAACAGAAGAUCCAUCCUACUUCUGUUAUCAGCGGAUACAGACUGGCUUGCAAAGAAGCCUGUCGGUUCAUCCAAGAACACCUUACAAUAAGUACAGACGAACUCGGCAAGGAUAGUAUAGUGAGUGCGGCAAAGACAUCAAUGUCAUCGAAGCUUAUUGGACGAGAUGCUGACUUCUUUGCAAACAUGGUGGUUGAUGCAGCCAUGGCUGUGAAGACGACUGAUCUGCAGGGUAAAGCUAGGUACCCAAUUAAAGCUGUCAACGUCUUAAAGGCACAUGGUCGUAGUGCACACGAGUCUGUGCUGGUACCUGGAUAUGCUCUCAACUGUACAGUGGCAUCUCAAGCUAUGGUGAAGCGUAUUUUAAACGCAAAGAUAGCGUGUUUGGAUUUUGGUUUGAUGAAAGCCAAGAUGCAUCUAGGAGUACAUGUUAUUGUAGAUGAUCCAGAGAAAUUAGAUGCCAUUAGACAGAGAGAGUCUGAUAUUACUAAAGAGAGAAUUCAGAAGAUUUUAUCUGCCGGCGCCAAUGUUAUCUUGACAACAGGCGGCAUUGAUGAUCUAUGUCUCAAGUACUUUGUGGAAGCCGGUGCCAUGGGUGUCAGACGAUGCAAAAAACAAGAUCUGAAAAGAAUUGCUAAAGCCACUGGAGCAACAUUUAUAUCAACCCUUGCUAACUUGGAAGGGGAAGAGAGCUUUGAUGCCUCAAUGUUGGGACAAGCUGAGGAAGUCGUACAAGAGAGAAUCAGUGAUGAUGAGCUCCUUUUAAUCAAAGGAACCAAAGCUCGCAGUGCUGCAUCAGUUAUCCUACGUGGUGCUAAUGACUUCAUGUGCGAUGAAAUGGAACGAUCAUUACAUGACUCGCUGUGCGUUGUGAAACGUGUUCUGGAAAGCAAAACAGUUGUACCUGGUGGCGGAUGUGUAGAAGCAGCACUGUCAAUCUAUCUAGAAAAUUUUGCUACAUCACUGAGUUCUAGGGAGCAGUUGUCCAUAGCAGAGUUUGCCCAUUCUCUACUUGUCAUACCGAAAACACUAGCUGUAAAUGCAGCCCAAGACUCAACUGAUUUAGUGGCUAAACUGAGAGCUUAUCAUAACACUGCUCAGAUCAAGGCAGACCAUAAACAUCUCAAGUGGAGUGGCUUAGAUCUGGUCGAAGGAGUAGUGCGAGACAACAAGAAAGCGGGCGUGUUUGAACCAGCCAUCUGUAAAAUUAAGAGUUUGAAAUUUGCUACAGAGGCCGCAAUUACUAUUCUACGUAUAGAUGAUAUGAUAAAGUUGGCCCCGGAACAGAAACAGGGGGGUCAAUCAUACCAGGAGGCUGUGGCAUCUGGACAGAUGGGUUAGAAAUAGUAGUCUGGUGGCUCCCCAUUUGACAUAAUGCACAUUUUUAACUUAUUAAUGGCAGCGCCCUCAGUGGUAGAAAUUAAGAGUGACUUUGUUUUCAAUUGGAAAUGUUUCAUCAUUUUUCCACUUUUCCCCUGCAAUAUUACACUGUGCAGCAUAUGUUGUGUAUGAAUUUGAGAGUAAUUAAGCCUAAGACAUAUCCUAUACUAUCAUUGAAGCCUAAUUGAGGGUCAAGAGAAAAUGAGAUUUUCCUUUAACAUAUUUCUGGUCUAUUUCUUCGAUGUGCGUGUUUGGAUCUACAAACAAUAUAAGCCAUAGCAGGUAUUCUUCUGAGGGCACCCUAUUUCAAGACUGACUUUUAAAAUUGCUUUCGACUGAUUAAACUUGCAAUGGAGCCCUCCCAAACUCUUCAGUUUUGUUGUGUUCAAUGUGUAUCCGAUGCAACAUGUAUGAUGCAUAUAUAAGAGUACACAUAAAAUGUUAACACUCCUUACAUGACUACUGACUCUAAUUUCCAAUUCCAUGAUUGGUUCAGUUGUCUUGCGCUCUGUACAUCAUGAAUUGAGUUGUUUACCCCCUUCAGCUGUCUCUUGUGGUAAAGUAAAUAUUGUAUAAACUGUUAUUCAUUUCUUUUUUUUGUACUUCUAUGUCACCGUGGCUUCAGCAGAAUAAAAAAAUUUUCA